AUGGGAGAUAACGAGAAGGAAGCAGAGAAACCGGCAUCUGCCAUUCAGCAGGGAGGAACACUAGCAACAGCCAAGGCCGCGGGGUCAUCCAAAAAUGAAACCGGCAUUCCAGGAAACCAAGGUGACAAAGCCUCAGAACAUAAUUUAUCUGAAUUUAUGGGAGGUGGAACGAAGGAAAAUGAGCAAAAAUUGACCGAGAAACCAGCUGAGGAGGGAGCCAAGAAGCCAGCAGCAGUGAAACAGCAGCAGCAGCAUUUGUGCCUGGUAUGA